AUUAAGGGUUGUCAUGUCAAUUUGUCAUAAACGAAAAAUUAUUGUUCAAGCGUGUAUGCUACAUAGCAGUAAUUAUUUAAUUAAUAUUGUGAUUAGUUAAUGUUAUUUAAUGUUUCUACAAUGAAGCUCAUUUAUAUUUAAACAACCAACAGUUCUAGUGGUGUGCAUUUGAUGAAUUUAGUGUAGUGUAAUUGUAAAAUACAAAUAAAAAUGGAUGUCGUCGGCAGCGAAAUUGGGCAGAAAAUGCGGUCAGCCAUCAAGGCCAAGCUGACUGAAUUAGGAUGCUAUGUUGAUGAUGAAUUGCCCGACUAUGUGAUGGUAAUGGUAGCCAACAAGCGCACUCGAGCGCAGAUGGAAGAUGAUCUUCAAUUGUUCCUGGGUGAUAACACAGAGUUGUUUGUCAACUGGCUACACCAAGUUUUAAAGAAACUACAGAAAGUCACUGUAGCCACUCCCCUCAAAACAGCUGAACGUGAAAAAAGCAAAGAGAGAUCAGAUUCAAAAGAACGGAAGAGUAAAGAAAAGAAAACUAAAGAUAAAGUAAAGAAAAGUGAUGUAAAAAAAUCAAAGAAAAAAGAUAAAGAGAAGCUUUUUCGUAAGAAAGAUGACAAGAAAAUACACAAGACUAAGAAGAAGAGUAAACAUCACGAUAUGAUUCGUCCGAACAUACCACCUUUACUUAUGAAUAUGGAGAAGGAAUCCGAGCCUUCAAUCACAGAUGUAUUUGCUGGCCAAAUACUUAAGAACCAUGGAAUUACUCUUGAAGUAACUCAAGAAGAACCAAAGCCAGAGAAAAAGCCCAUCACAGUGGAACUUAAAAGGCCAAUACUUCCUAUAAUUGACCCUGCAACAAUAUCUUCUCAACCAGAACAAUUAGAAACAGAAGAAGAAUCUAGAAGGACUAGUGUAUCAUCCCUCAGUGCCCCAAAAGAAGAUCAAAUUAAAGAAAUAAAUCAAAUUGAAGCUAAGAUACAGGGGUUAAAGCAGAAAUUGGUGGAGCAAUUAGAUUCUAUGUCAGAUGAUGAAGACUUUCUAAAUAUCAGGACGGAAGCUGAAGAGCUGAUGAAUGAUUUUGCUGAAGAUGUCUUUCAGGAAAUAUCACAACAGGCACCUCAGGUUUCGGCCACGGUGAAUGUAACCCCGCCAAUGGAGCAACCCAAGUCUCCCAGCCCUCCACCACUCCCUAAACCCACAGAAUCCUCCGAAGAACGCCCAAAAGACCCCAUAGAGACGUUACCACAAAUAGAACUCAAACUUCCAAAAAGGCCUGUAAGGGACAGGUUAGGGAUUCGAGAAGAACCAAAGAAGGCAGAAAGUAAAGAAAAGGAGACGAAAAGGAUAGAGAGUCCCGAAAGAUUUACACCUGAACGAGAACCGAACUGGCCACAAAAUAAAUCAGCCAAGAGUCGCCUCGGAGAACAUCCAGAUCCGUCCAAAAGGAGUUCUGUGACUGAAGAGAAGGUGACUGAAAAAUCUGACCCACAACCGAAAAGGUUAACAUCAAAGGUAUCAGUGCUGGAGAAUCGUCCUAGUCGGUCAAGUUGUGCCAGUGUGGUGCGAGUAAGGCCCCGCCCGCGAGUCUCGACGCCGGCCAACAGUUUGCUACUCCGUGCCGUUGCUGACGCUCACAAAAGCUUGCUCAAUGCACCACCUAAAGUUGAAACAGAGCCACAGGUUAAACGCGCUCUUGUGCUGCCGAUGCGGCGGUGUGUGGAAGCUCAGAAGAUAGUCAUACAAGUACCCGCAAAUACACCACAGAUGGAAACAGACCGAGGCGACAGCAUUAGUCUCGGCGAAAACGACAGUGAAGAUGAAAAGAGCUCAAAGGUAGCGAGUGAUGUAGAUAGAGAAGAAUACGUACCGGUACCCAUCACGAAGAAGAUUAUCAACAAUGAGUACAUGCCUUCAAAAAGGACUGAGGGUAGAACUACCAGCAGAAAGGACGACACACUCGUCAUAGAAACUAUCAACAUACACAAUCCAUCAGUAGACAAAGACAAGAACACUCAAUUCAUAGUCACAAUGGAUGGUUACCAUCCAAACGCAUUUCUAGUCAAGAAACUGCUCACAGAAGGUUUACUAAGCGAAGAAGAUGAAAUUAAAAAGAAGUUAGAAUCACCAGAUACUCCAAAAACACCAGAGAUUAAGGAACCUAAACCAAUAGAAGAAGAGAAAGAGACACCACAGAAGAAAAGACUAAGCAACUCCAGUGUGGAAAGUGAAACUCAAGUUAUUAUUAAGAAGGAGGAGAAAAUUGAGAAGAGAAAGAGUACAGAAGUAUUAAAACCUGAUCCUGUACCUGUAAAAAAGAGAAAGGCAUCUCCUAUUGUGUUUGAUGUUGACAAGAAGAAAGAAGAGAAAAAGCCAGAAAGAGUUAGAGAAAGAACUGAGAGUGCAAGCAGUGAUCAACACGUGACAGUUGCAACUGUCACUAAUUCACAUAAAUACGAUUCGGUGCCGCCUUUGAGUGCAGCAGAGCGCAAAUUGGUAUGGUGCCGGUCGUUCCCGCAGUGUGGGUACGGUAGCGCAUGCGCGUUCGCCCACCCUCGCUGUAGAUUUGCGGCCGCUUGUACGCGCCGGAACUGUGUCUACUCGCACGGGAACUACCCACUCCCUCCGCCCGCAACGCCCGUCUCGCCCGCUCUUGCGUCACACGUAGUGCCAUCAGCGAAUUACAAGACGAUAUCAGCGGUCAUCCCGAACAUGUGCAAGUUUUAUCCAAAUUGUGUGAACCCUGCGUGUCACUACUAUCACCCAAAACCCUGUCGCUACGGCAAGAACUGUGUCAACAAAUUAGAAUGCAAUUACUACCACGCAGACCUUCCCGUGAAAUGGAGAUACCCUGUGUAAAAUAUAUUGUCUGGUUUAUAUAAUAUUGAAGUUGUUUUAUUAUUUUCCAAUGUGCCUGUUGUUUUUG